GCCAUGAAGUAAUUACCAACAAUACCAUUUUGACGCCCUAAUUUCACCUAAUCAAAUUUCAUUGAAUUCACAACACAAAAGAAAUUCAAAGAAAGCCACACUUCUUCUUCCUCCAUUUCCUCUCCACCUUCAUCAAAUCUCUGCCUCCAAUCAAAUCAACCCCUCUAACUGCUGUAGAUCUGUACAAAUUCUUGCUCCAAAUUUCAACCCGACCCUACUCAAUUUUUUUUGGGUCUUUGUAUGAUACCCUGAGAAAUUCCCGAUUUUCCCCCUCAGAUUUUGUUAGUCUAGUCCCCAAUCGCAACCCCAUUUCGAGAAUUCGCCAACGGGUUCCGAAUCCAGCGACCCUCAGGAAACCCUAGCUUCGUGCCGUAUAGAGUUUAGCAGCGUCUUGUACAUUGUUUUUGCGUAGAAAUUUUUGGUUUUUAGAUCGGAAGAUGAACAAUAGAGAUAGAGAGAGGUACCCACCUGGGAUGGGGUUAGGAAGAGGGUUGAACUCGAACCCUGGGUUUCAACCGAGACCACAUCAGCAACAUCAAUAUGUGCAGAGGCACAUGGUGCAGCACCAUCAUCCGCAACAGUAUCAACAGAACCACCAGCACCACCAGCAGCAGCAACAACAGCAUCAUCAACACCAUCAACAUCAGCAGCAGCAACAACAACAACAGCAACAGUGGUUGAGAAGGAACCAGUUAGGUGGUGGGACCGACACCAACGUUGUGGAGGAGGUUGAGAAGACUGUACAGUCUGAAGCCGUUGACUCAAGUUCACAAGAUUGGAAGGCAAGACUAAAUAUCCCUGCACCUGAUACACGCUACAAGACAGAGGAUGUGACAGCAACUAAAGGCAAUGAAUUUGAGGAUUACUUUUUGAAGCGUGAGCUGCUUAUGGGAAUAUACGAGAAGGGUUUUGAGAGACCAUCUCCUAUCCAAGAAGAAAGCAUUCCAAUUGCUCUUACUGGUAGUGACAUUCUUGCUAGGGCUAAAAAUGGAACUGGCAAAACUGCUGCAUUUUGUAUUCCUGCAUUGGAAAAAAUUGAUCAGGAUAAUAAUGUUAUUCAAGUUGUAAUAUUGGUCCCAACUCGAGAGCUGGCUUUGCAAACAUCCCAAGUGUGUAAAGAACUUGGAAAACAUUUGAAAAUUCAAGUUAUGGUUACAACAGGUGGUACCAGCCUGAAAGAUGAUAUUAUGCGUUUAUAUCAACCAGUUCAUCUGCUAGUUGGAACUCCAGGAAGAAUAUUAGAUCUUGCAAAGAAGGGUGUUUGCAUUCUGAAGGAUUGCUCUAUGCUUGUUAUGGAUGAGGCUGAUAAGCUUCUCUCCCCAGAGUUCCAACCUUCCAUAGAACAGCUGAUUCAAUUUCUUCCUGGAACCCGUCAAAUUCUGAUGUUUUCUGCUACGUUUCCUGUUACUGUUAGGGACUUCAAAGAUAGAUAUCUACGUAAGCCAUAUGUUAUUAACCUUAUGGAUGAGCUAACUCUGAAAGGUAUUACACAAUAUUAUGCAUUUGUGGAAGAGAGGCAGAAAGUCCACUGCCUAAAUACUCUUUUCUCUAAGCUUCAAAUAAACCAGUCAAUCAUUUUCUGCAAUUCCGUGAAUCGGGUUGAACUUCUUGCCAAGAAAAUCACUGAACUUGGGUAUUCGUGUUUCUAUAUCCAUGCAAAGAUGUUGCAAGACCACCGUAAUAGAGUAUUUCAUGACUUCCGCAAUGGUGCCUGCAGAAAUCUUGUUUGUACUGAUCUCUUCACUAGGGGAAUAGACAUCCAAGCAGUGAAUGUUGUUAUUAAUUUUGAUUUUCCCAAAAACUCAGAAACCUACCUACACAGGGUUGGUCGUUCAGGGAGGUUUGGGCACCUAGGUUUAGCGGUGAACUUGAUCACCUAUGAGGAUCGCUUCAAUUUAUAUAGAAUUGAACAAGAACUUGGCACUGAAAUAAAACAAAUUCCGCCACACAUUGAUCAAGCAAUAUAUUGCCGGUGAUUGGUGAUAAAUACCUUGAUUGUAUUCACAACUGUGGUAGAUGUGAGUGUUGGUGAAGCAGGUGUGAAUACUUUGUAUUAGGAUGCACUAUGAAAAUAGGGGAAUUGUCAGACCCUUUGUUGAAUGUUUUUUCGUUAAUUUCUGGGUUUUGAGAGCUCUUAAACACUAUGAUUAGGACUUUCAGAAAUGUUACAUAAAUGGCGGGUCCAGUUUGGGUUUUGAUGGUUUACAUUUGCAGGUGUUGUUACUCCAAACUUUGAUUUCCUCAGUAAUCCUUUUAACUGUUUACUUGGGAAUGUACCUUACUAUCAAGACGUCCGUUUUUGAUUCUAGAAUAAUAUGCUGUUUGUUUUGCCAA